CCCGGUGAGCUCCUGGGAGAUCUGUGUGAAGCUGGAUAAUCAUAGCCUUCAAAACAACAUUUUGCCAGAUUGAAUCCAGAUGCAGGUGUGCUUCUUCAAGGCCCAACGUGAAAGAGAUUUGCCAAACCAUUUUGUUAAUGCCACUCUUCUCUCCACUCUUUAUCUAGGCAAGUAAGAACCUCUGCUCCAGCAGUCUCUGAGAGCUCAUUCAUGUCUGUUCUGGAGGUAAGAAAACACUCUGUUUCUACCUGAAGGAAUAAGAAACCUUUCUCCUGCUCUGAAAACCUUCUGAGGCUCUGGAAACCAAAAAUGGGGAAAAACAACUUCUGCUUCUCAUUCUGCAAAAAACCUCAGCUGAAGGGAAGAAAGGAUGUGGGCUGGUAUUGUUUGAAUGAAGACUGGGAGAUUGGGGGCAGGUAGAAUAUUGGAGCAUUGAAGGGGAAAGGGAAAAUUCAAGGAGUUUUUAAUUUCCCUAAACAGCAGGAUUGAGAGUAUCAUCACAGGUGGCUCUUGCUGGCCAUGCUUGUGCCACAGUGGAAAGCUGACUGAGUUUCACAGAGAGGGCUUGGCGUCAGCUCAAUUAGCAAGCCAGCCUGGCUCCUGCUCCUGGCUUCCUGUCUGAACAGGACCCAGCCUUCAGGCAACCACAGGGGCGUGAGUAUCUGUGAAUGGCAGCCCAAUCCUGCAAAGCCACCGGAUUGGGAGGACCCUGCUCCUUCUUAAAUUUCAGCGAUUCAAGCUGGGGCUAGAAAGCCAGGCAGCCAGCACCUCUUGGGAUCUCCUCCUGUCCUUUCAGCACCGAGGAGCCCAGCAGAGACCAGCCCAGCCACUCCAGCCACAUUACCCACAUACCCUGCCAGCAUGGUUGACCAGCUGACCGAGGAGCAAGUGGCCACAUUCAAAGAGGCUUUCUCCCUCUUUGACAAGGAUGGAGAUGGCAGCAUAACCACCCAGGAGCUGGGCACUGUCAUGCGCUCCCUGGGCCAGAACCCCACCGAGGCAGAGCUCCAGGACAUGGUGAGAGAGAUCGAAGUGGACUUCCCUGCAUUCCUGGGCAUGAUGGACAGGAAGAUGAAGGACACGGACAAUGAGGAGGAGAUCCGGGAUGCCUUCUGCAUGUUUGACAAAGAUGGCAAUGGCUAUGUCAGUGCCGCUGAACUGAGACAUGUGAUGACCAGGCUCGGGGAAAAGCUGAGUGAUGAGAAAGUGGACGAGAUGAUCCGGUCAGCAAACACAGAUGGAGAUGGACAGGUGAACUAUGAAGAGUUUGUCCGCAUGCUGGUGUCCAAAUAAGGCCCCAUUGCUCAGGGGCCACCUCUCCCUGCAGCAAGAACCUCAGACUCCUGCUUGUUCCUCCUCUCCUCCAGCUUCCUGUUUGCUUCUCAGGCAAAGUCGAUUCAGUUCACCAUUCUGCAUCCCCUCCUUUCUGCUGACCUUCUACCUGCUCCUCCAGGAUGAUACAGAACAUCUUCAAGCCCAGCACACCAGGAAAUCCUCCCAUCGCCAUCGCUCGGGAGUAGAAGCAAUACAGGCUUUACUCUGCUGGAGGAUGGCCCAAAGGAUGGUGAAGGUUGUGUUGAGUCUUCCAUCUGCCAGGAUGGGCACAGGUGACAUCUUUGAGUUCCCUGGGCAGGAUUCCUACAGGCACCCAGCACCAGGACCACUGUAGCCCUGGGGUCAUUCCCAAGUUCCUGGAGCCCCGAGGACUGAAGACUUUACCUGCUGUCGGAUUUGGGAGGGUUGGGAGACAUCUUGGACAUGGAGGGAGAGAUGUGAUGGAGACUUUGACAACUGCAGUAAGACCUCCCGGAAAACACCACUUUCCUUCCACACGGCACUCGCUGGCUCCACUCUGUCUUCACUGAAUCACUGUGACUCAUCUGCUGAGGCUGGGAGUAAAACCGGGGUCAGUUGUAACAUGUUCACAUUCAUCUGGAAGGAGGGAAUGAAAGGGAGCGGGAAGCUGCAGGGGAAUAAACAAGACAUUUAUGUUC